AUGUGCCAGAAACACAUUGUUGAAGUCUUUCCAGAAAAAGACUUUGACAUUGAGAUGACAUUAGGUCAACCCAGUAACCCACGCAUUUGGACUGAGGGGCUGAGGUCCAUGUCCAAGACAGCACACACACAUCUGAUCAGGGACCAUACCCCCCAGCCCUUCACCAUGAAGAUGAAGCUGUCCGAGAGCUUCGACAAGCUGCACGAGUAUACCCAGACUGCUUCCACUUCCAAUCAGGUGUGUGAAAAGGUGAUGGCUGAUGUUGAGAAUCUCCGCACCAAGCUGAAGCCCAAGAGUGAGGAGCUGCAGCAGGUCCUCCAGAAGCAUGUUGAGAUGUACCGCGAGAAGCUAGAGCCCAUCUUCCAGGAGUACGUGUCCCUACACACCGCUGACCUCCAGAGCGAGCUGGAGCCCUACUUCGAGGACCUGAAGAGCAGGUUCAUGACCUUCUAUGAUAUCGUCGCCACAGCCAUGAAGGCAUAAAAACCUCAGAUCCUGGUCAGACACACACUCCUCACAACAAGAAGUGCCGAGACUCGCACACACUGUAGAUUGUCUCCACGUAGUGGCCACCUUCACAGUGUGAUUCCAUCCACAUGGCCCGUGUCAUGCUUGGUGA